AUGUCUGAAUACGCCAAAAAGAAGAACGACGAGCUGAUCGCUCUGUGUAAGGAGCGCGGCCUCGCCCAUUCCGGCAAAAAAGCAGAUCUCGUCAAGCGACUGGAGGAAUUCGACAGCCAGCCGGCCGCGUCAGACACGGUCCCUGCUGGUGCUGCCGCCGCCGCGCCCGAAGACGAAAUCGACUGGGACGAGGACGAUGCGGCCAAGACCGCUACCACCGCCGCCGCCGCCAAUGCGAUCGCCGCAGGAGGCCUAGGACAAGUCCAGAACCCACAAGCCGUCCCCAACCAGGAAGCCGCCAUCGACCCCGCCACCACCAGCGACCUCACAACCCAGCCCGCGCCCGCCGCAUCCGCGCCGGAGGAGCAGAAGGAGGAGGUGGAUUUCAGCACCGGGCUCGCCGCACGCACCAUCGACGAGGAGAUCGAGAAGCGCAAGGCGCGCGCCCGGAAGUUCGGCCUGCCGGAGGACACCGAAGAGAUCAAAGCCCUGGAGCGCGCCAAGCGCUUCGGCACCACUGGUGCCACCGAGAUCCCAGGCUUGGGCCUACUCAAUGGUGCGCUUCCCGAAAAGCGAGAGCGGAAGCAGAGGGGUGGCGAUGCGACCGAGAGCGAUGGAGGAAUCCGCAAGAAGGGCCAGGAACGCUCGCGCGGCGCUCGGGGUAAAGUCCGCGCGGCGGCGUCCGGCGGUGGUGAGAAGAAGGCCAAGCCUGCCUCUGCGGCCGCUGCCGGUGAAGGAGGACAAUAUCCUGGUUGGAUGACGCAGAAGGACCGAGAGGCGGCCGAUAGGCGGAAGGCGAAGUAUGCGUCAUGA